UUGCACCUGUUGAAUCUCAGACGUCUCUGUCGGGUCGUGUUUCUGUUUCCUGCCCCUCUAUCAGAGGAAUCAGCAUUGGAUAUAAAUUGUUGGCAAGGGAAUUAUGGAAAAGAAUCGCUCUCCUAAAUCAUCUAAAGCAGACCUCGCCAGUUCUAGCGCUGGAGAAGGCGGGGUAACCUCUGACGUACAGGACCAAAACCUUCCUCCGGCAUAUGGUGACAUCUUCUCCAAACCUUGGACCCCCAUCCCUAGUUCAUCCCAAAAAACUUGUUAUUCAUCUAAACAAGAUGACAGGAACUUGUGGGAGAAACUUCACGAAUGUUUUGAAAUGUCAAUUUGCCAGCAGAUUAUUUGGCUUCAGGUUUUGGUCUUUUCUAUACUUUACAUUGUGUUUGGGUUAAAAUACAGUGGCCAAUGCGUUAGCCAGGAGUUUGACAGCAAAGGAAAAGUCUGGCAUGAGGAAGAUUUGACCGUGUUCAUUCGGGCGGAAGGUGGCUUUCUGUGUGCAACCAUUCUCAUCGUCCUUCUAAUAAGGUUAAGGUUACUAGUGCAUCUUCGUCGAACUCAACGAAUAACCACGGCCGACUUACAGAUAGCAAAGCUAUGGGAUGGUCGCAUUGUUGUACUUUACUGUGGGAUCUACAUUGUUAACUUUGCACUCUGCGUUGCAGGAGCAACAAAAAUCAUUCCACCAAAUACAAAUAUUACCAAAUUAAAUUGUAUCUCAGAGUUCUACAAUUUCUACUACUAUGCCAAGAUAGGCCAGCUGGCUGUCUUUAUGCCGUACGCUGCCUAUGUCAUUUCCUACGUCACCUUUAUGAUGCAUUUACAAAAGAAAUGGUUUAUACGACGUAAACUGCGUUGUUGGGUUAAACUUUUGGAUGCAGACCAGGAUGGCGUCAUCAGCCAAGAUGACAUGAAGAAAACAAAUGAAAAGUUAGAAGGACUACGUAAACUUUUUGGUGCAAGAAAAACAGCUUUAUCCGAUUCACAACAGGAGAAGUGGUGGAGUGAUCAUGUAUUUAAGUGUGGACCCGGGAAAGAUAUACCCGUUCAACAGUUAGUAAGUUACAUGGAGGGGAUAAUGACUCAAGAUUCGCCCGCAGAACGCGCCAAAGUUGUCAGACCAAAAAUCAAGAAAUGGUUUAACAUUUUCACAACAGAAGAUUUCCUUAAGUUAAAGAUGAUUUUCAGCGAGGAAGAUUUUGUCAAAUUUUGGGCAGUGUUGGCGAAUAUUGAUGAGCGACACAGCAGAGAGAUGCUUAUUAAAUAUUUCCCUUCACCAUUAACACUGAAUGAUUUCCGGGAAGAUUUUGUGGCUUUUUUGUCAAACCCUGAAUUUCUUGAUGAGUACAGCAGCAGGAUUUUUAACAUUUUAAAGAACAAACCAGAUUGCAUGUGUUGCAAAGUUUAAGCUUAGACAAAUCGCUAGUCUUGUUUUAAGAAUUACGAUAAGCAUCUCCUGACUUUUGUCAACUGUUUUACUUGCUAAAUUAAUUAUGUAUUCGUCUUUCAGUUUGUUUGAAAGAAAUAGCAUAUGUAGCGUAAAUACUUGUUCCACGUUACGAACAAUACCUUUAAAAGUAAGGAAUUAAAAAUGUGUUGUCAACAACAAGUUUUUUUUGUUUUAUUGGAGAUCAUUGUUUUUAUACCCAAUUAAUUUUUGUAAUUGGUUAUUUUGUGUUAUAUUGUUAGUCAAAUAAUACAAAUGAUUUACCCACCGCAGGCUGCUUGAAAAUUUUAUGAAUAAAUAAUCAUAAGAAGAUUUAAAUUUGAUUAUUUCUACGCAAAAUUAAUGAAGUAUGAUAGAACUAAUGCAGAGUCUCCAGUUGCAAUCAACAUUCUUUUCAAGUUCGUUUCUAUGGUCCAAAGAACGUUAGUCUGAAAAUCUGUGCAAAGAAAUCCUGAACAUUAAUUACAUAUAUUUAUUUGAAAUUACUGAGUGAGUGUUAGAGCGGAAAACUCAUAUUGUGUAGGGUUUAAACUCAUAUUAUGUAGGGUUUAAACUCAUAUUGUGUAGGGUUUAAACUCAUAUUGUCU